AGGAGAGAAGGGUCGGCAGUGAUGAAGAACACCAUUAUCCUGUGCGGAGCUGCAGUCUCUGUGCUGUCUGUGUUUUCUCUGCUCUUCCACCGACCCCCAAGCCGCAAAUCAUUUGUGAGAUCUGAGCGCCAGGCCGAGCUGCACAGGGAAAUCCUGGAGAGUCGCCGGGAUCUGCUCCUCUUUCUCUCUUCUCUUCUGGGGGGGUCGGGGGCAGAUGAGCUGCUGCUGCCCGGGGACAUAAUGGGUCGGACAGGGACUUUCUUAGGCUGCGAGGAUCUCACGUAUGUCACUGGCCUCCAGUACGUGGGCUCCGGAUUCACUAAACUUGUUCACAAGGGAACUUUGCGCAACGGGAAGGAGAUCGCUCUCAAGUCUGUGCACAAUGAGGGCAACGAUGUGACUCGCUGCGUCAGACGCUACGGCGACCCCGCUGGCUGCCGCUCUCUCGCCACUUACAAACUCCACAAGGAGGUCACUCUGCUCCGGACCUUGCGCCACCCGGGCGUCAUUACGUUGCAUGGACAUUGCUACGAGAAUAGCCUGGCUCCUAACUUUAGGGUCACAGCUAUGCUGGAACUGGGAUCUCCCCUAGAGAUGAUUCAGCUUCUGCAGACCCCCUGGGAGAAGAGAUUUAAAAUUUGCCUAGAACUGGUAAAUUUACUGCAUUAUCUAGCCAACUCUCCCAUGGGAUCUAUUGCCCUCCUGGAUUUUCAGCCAAGGCAGUUUGUCCUGGUUGAUGAAAACCUGAAAGUAACAGAUAUAGAUGAUGCCACAAUGGAGGAGCUUGAGUGCAACACGGACAAGGAUUGUACUCUUGAAUUUCCAUCCAGGACAUUUGCUGUCAGGUGCUCCCGUGCUGGGAGAUGCACUGGCAUCAAUGAAAAAAGGAACCUCUUCAAUGCAUACAGGUUUUUCUUCACAUAUCUGCUCCCGCAUGCAGCGCCUCCUGCUUUGCAGCCUCUUCUCUUGGACAUUAUGAAUGCCACAGGGGACUUGAGCUAUGGCAUUAAUGAGACCCUGGAAGCUUUCCAGAAUGUUUUGAAGCUGUACAAAUCGGGAAUGAACCAUCGGAGGAGGCUGCUAUAUUUGAAAGACUACAUGCUGAUAGAGGGAUACAGACUAAAUGAAACCAAUGACGACUUCAGAUGUUGGCCCUCCUACAAUCACAGAGGGUGCGCGCUGUCUGUGCACAAUUCAGAAGAGGCUGCCGAGUUCUGUAGCAAGAAUCCAAACUGUCACCACUUUGUCAUUGGUCAUCAAAGAACAUGGACAGGCCGCCUGAUGGCAACAUUCACCAGUAGUGCCCACAAACUUAUCCCUGAUGCGAAUUCCCGUGUUUACAUGAAAAAACCAAGCAACCUCAAAAAGUGAUGCUGAUGGGAAGAGUCACGCUCGCUUAUAUGAUGCACUGAAGUACUAAUUGGCUUUAUUGCCAUUGCUAUGGAAUUAUUUGGACUGUCCAAGCAAGUUCUCAAGACUCCUGUUUUAUAAACAGAAGUGCUACAAAUCCUUGAAGACAAAAAUCGGUGCCAUAUUGCCGAUUAGGAGAUUGAUCCAAUGUCAGUUAUGGAAGGAACAUGUCGGAGACCUUGGCUGAUUAUUUAAUGUGCAUUUGGCACCAGGAUGGUGGAGUGGCUUGGAUUUAAGAAGCUCAUCUAUAUUUCUGAAAUGAAAUGGAGAAAACCACUCUGUACUCAUUACUGCACUACUAAGUCCAACUUGUUCUCUUUGCAUUCUUUAAGUAAUGAAGAGUUCUAACACUUCGCAGUUUACUCAAAUAAGGCAGCGACCAUCAGUCUAUGGGCUCUUACUCACUAGCGUUUUUACCUGCGCUCCCCUGCGGCUGAACGGAGAAAAACGGAACGCAGGGGAGCGCAGGUAAAAACGCGUGUGAGUAAGAGCCCUAUGGCUUUCCAGUUACUGACUGAGAUUUAUAAUUAAGUCAAAGUGCCACAGAAAGAAAAGUAUGUUCCAAACAUAUUUCAAGGAUAAUGCCCUAGCUGAAAAGGAAUCUUUUGAUACAUAGGUGCAUCGUGUUUUAUUGCCUUAUAGGUGGGAAAUGUUCUUUCAGUGAAAGAUAUUUUUAAUUCUUUUGUAAAAUAUAGAAAUAAAUUAUU